AUGGCUGCCCCAUCCUUGACUGCGAAGCUUCUCUCCGAAUUUGUUGGCACGUUCCUUUUGGUGCUGACAGUCGGAUGUAAUGUCUUGGGCAGCAAUGCAACGUGGGGAGGCGUGUCAAUCGCCUUUGUUCUUAUGGUCUCCAUCUACGCAAUGGGAGCUAUAUCAGGAGCCAAUUUCAACCCCGCUGUGUCGGUGACCCUUGGCAUCUCCAAGUCUAUGGGAGGGCCAGGUCUCGAUUGGGCGACCGUGGGGCAGUACGCUAUUGUCCAGUCAGGAGCUGGCAUUUCAGCCGCCAUUUGCUACUGCUUGAUGUUCGGCCGCAGCUUCAACCUGACGCCAUCUGAUGGAUUUGGAUGGCUUAACGCCGGAUUGUGUGAGACGCUCUACACGUUUGUGCUGUGCUUCGUUGUCCUCAAUGUUGCCGCAGCGCGCAAGAAUGCGACAGAGCACAAUGAGUACUAUGGCAUGGCCAUUGGGUUGGUCAUCGUUGCAGGAGCCUAUGGCGCGGGAGCCGUGUCUGGAGGCUGCUUCAAUCCCGCAGUGGCUCUCGGAAUCGAUGUGUCGAGUGCAGCCCGUGGAUUUGGCUGGUGUGUUCCUUAUGUUCUCUUCGAAGUUGCUGGGGCAGCGGCAGCUGCUGCUCUUUUCAAAGUUGUACGUCCUGAAGACUUCUCUGGUGAACGGACCGCCAGAGCAGAACUUGUGUCGGAGUUUCUGGGUACCUUCGUGCUUGUCCUGACUGUUGGGUUAAACGUGCUUGCCAAGUCUAAAGCCGGGGCUCUCUCCAUCGCCGCAGCUUUGACAUCCAUGAUUUAUGCCGUCGGAGACGUGUCUGGAGCACACUUCAAUCCAGCUGUGACUCUGGCAAUCUUUGCAUCAGGAAGAUGCGCGCAGUUGACCCCGGGAAAGGCAGGUAUGUACGUUCUGGCUCAAAUGCUUGGCGGCGCGACUGCAGCUGCCAUGUACUCAUUCAUCUAUGUUGGGCAGUCCUUUCCCUUGGGCCCAGUCGCUGGCAGCACAUGGACUCAAGUCACUAUUGCAGAGAUAGUGUUCACGUUCCUGCUGAGCUUCGUGGUUCUCUGCGUCGCUGUCUCGCCACGCACGAAGUCUUCGCACAUGUUCGGCCUUCUGAUUGGCUCCUGCGUCACUGUUGGAGGCUUUGCGAUUGGAGGCAUUUCUGGUGGCUCCUUGAAUCCGGCAGUCUCUGUCGGAAUUGCAUCUGCCAAUCUCCUCAACGGUGGACUUUUCUACACGGCCUUGAUUUAUUCUGCGCUGGAGCUCGCGGGAGGAGCUGCUGCUGCCGGACUCUUUAAGAUCACCCAUGACAUUGAUGUCGACGCGGCAGAGAAGGAGAAGCUGGUUGCAUGA